CCCCCCCCCCCCGCCAUGCUUCGUCGGGCCCUUCUCUCGCUUUGCAGCCUGCUUUGCACUUGGGGCUUCAACCUGGACGCCGAGGCGCCGACCUUUUUGCACGGCCCUCCCGGCAGCUUGUUUGGCUUUUCGGUGGAUUUCUACCUCCCGGAGGCUCAGAGUGUCAGCGUCCUGGUUGGGGCACCCAAAGCCAAAAUGAACCAGCCGGAAGUCACAGAAGGAGGUUCUGUCUACUACUGCCCCUGGCAUCUGGGCAGUGUCAGCUGUGUGCCCAUUGAAUUCGACAACAAAGGAUCCCGGACCGAAGAGGUCAACGGAACAUUGCAACAAAUGGAGUUCAAAUCUCUGCAGUGGUUUGGUGCCACGGUGCGGUCCCACGGCAGCUCGAUCUUGGCUUGUGCCCCCCUGUAUAGCUGGCGGACAAGCAAAGAAGAGCCGGAGCGUGAAGUUGUGGGCACCUGUUACCUCUCGGUCAACAACUUCACCAAGUUUGUGGAAUAUGCACCUUGCCGCUCAGACCUCAACUCAGCUCGCGGACAAGGUUACUGCCAGGGUGGAUUCAGCGCUGAAUUCACAAAGACUGGACGCAUCCUCCUUGGUGGCCCUGGAAGCUAUUUCUGGCAAGGCCAAGUAAUAUCAGCAACACAGGAUGCCAUUGAGAAAUCCUAUGACCCCGGAUAUUUAGUCUUGGAGGUUCAAGGUCAGCUCGCCACUCGUUCGGAUCCUCACUUCAGCGCUGACGACAGUUACCUCGGCUAUUCUGUGGCUGUGGGUGAAUUCAGCAGUGACUCCACUGAAGAUUUUGUGGCUGGUGUUCCAAAAGGAAACCUCACGUAUGGCUAUGUCACAAUUCUAAAUGGAAGUGACAUUCGGUCACUGUACAACUUUUCGGGAGAGCAGAUGGCUUCCUACUUUGGGCACGCUGUGGCUGCCACUGAUAUUAACAGUGACGGCCUCGAUGACUUGCUGAUCGGCGCCCCCCUGUUUAUGGAGAAAACGGAAGACGGGCGUGUGCAGGAGGUGGGGAAGGUCUACAUCUACCUGCAGCGGCCGAACGGCAUGGAGCCCACCGCGUCAGCUGUUCUUACCGGUCCUCAAGAGUUUGGUCGGUUCGGCAGUGCCAUUGCACCGUUGGGAGACCUCGAUCAAGAUGGUUACAAUGAUGUGGGGAUCGGCGCACCAUUUGGCGGCAAGGACCAGCAAGGUGUAGUCUACGUGUACAACGGCCGACCUGAAGGGUUGCACCCCAAACCUUCUCAGGUGUUGCAGGGACACUGGAUGGACAGUCACGCCCCUGACUUCUUUGGGUUCUCCAUGCGAGGGGCCAAGGACCUAGAUGGAAACGGCUACCCAGAUCUUAUUGUGGGGGCCUUUGGAGUAGACAGAGCUAUGGUUUACAGGGGACGCCCCGUAGUCCACGCCACGACCACUCUCAGCAUCUUCCCCACCAUGUUUAACCCAGAAGAACGAGCUUGUAUCCUGGAGGACACGGGAAUCUCUGUUGCCUGCAUCAACCUGAGCUUCUGUCUGAAUGCAUCGGGGAAGCAUGUGCCAGACUCCAUCGGGUUCACUGUGGAGCUCCACCUCGACCACCACAAGCAGAAGGGGGCAGUGAAGCGGGCACUCUUCCUGCGCUCCCGCCAGGCCCAUCUGAUUCAGACUGUCCAAAUUCGCAACGGUGCCAAUGCAGAGUGCCGCGAGAUGAAGAUCUACCUCCGGAACGAGUCCGAGUUCCGUGACAAGCUCUCCCCCAUCUACCUGUCGCUCAACUUCUCGCUGGAUCCAAAGGCCCCACUAGAUGCCCAUGGACUGCAACCCAUCCUCAACUACCUCACUCACAACCACAUUGAACAGAAGGCCCAGAUCCAGCUUGAUUGCGGUGAAGACAACGUCUGUGUCCCUGACCUGAAGCUUGAAGUCCUUGGGGAUCAUCACACUGUGUACCUGGGAGACAAGAAUGCACUGAAUGUUUCAUUCCAUGCGCAGAAUCAUGGCGAAGGCGGUGCCUAUGAAGCUGAACUACAUGUGACUAUGCCACCGGAGGCUGAAUAUACAGGAGUCCUCCGGGCCCAGGGGAACCUGAACAGCCUGAGCUGCAAGUACGACACAGUGAAUGAGACCAACAUAGUCAUCUGUGACCUUGGCAAUCCAAUGAAGGCAGGCGCCAGCCUCUGGGGUGGCCUGCGCUUCACCGUGCCUCGCCUUGUUGAUACAAAGGAGUCCAUUCAGUUUGACUUCCAGAUCCAGAGCAAGAAUGCCAACAAUUCCCACAGCGAAGUGAAGUCACUUACCCUACGUGUGGAGGCUCUCGUUCGUCUUUCGACUCACGAAGUAUCCAAGCCAGACACCCUGGGUCUUCCAGGCUCUGGCUGGGUCCCUGGCCGGGCAGUGCUUCGAGAGCAAGAUGUCGGUCCUGGCAUGUGUCAUGUCUAUGAGUUUGGGAACGAGGGUCCAAGCGCCAUCAGCAAAGGGAUCUUGGAUGUCAGCUGCCCGAUCCGAACGAACGGACGAGAUGUGCAGUAUGUCACCCGCUAUCUGGCACUGGCCAAUUGCUCCUCUAACCACCCCGUCAACCCAUCUCGCCUCCAGUUGGAUCCACUCCCGACAUCUUUUCCUGGCCACGAUCAGCAGCAUUACGUCCAGAGGCAUGAUGUGGGCUGGAGCAGCAGCUCUGCAAGGAACGGUUUCACUCUGAAAUGCAAUGGGGACGACUGUUUCCAGCUGCGCUGCCACAUGGGGGCGCUGCAAAGGCAGGAGAGGGCCGCCUUGCACCUCUGCUUCCGCAUCUGGGCCAAGAACUUCCAUCAGCGAGAGAGCUAUCCUCAGGCCGUACAGUGUGAGGCCGCCUAUCACGUGCAACGGGUGCCCUAUGAGAUCCAGCCUCAAGAGCUCCCCUCCGCCCUCGUCAAGGUGUCAACCUCACUGUACUGGGCCAAAGCAGAGACAAGCCAGGGAGUCCCUCUCUGGAUCAUCAUCUUGGCCAUUCUGAUUGGACUACUACUACUGGCUUUGCUCAUCUAUGUCCUAUACAAGCUGGGUUUUUUCAAGCGCUCUCUUCCUUACGGCACAGCGAUGGAGAAGGCUCAGCUGAAGCCACAGGCAGCUUCGGAGGCCUAGCAGGCCCGGCGUCACCCUCCGCAUGUGUGUGCUGUGCAUGUGUGUCGCCGCUGCUACCCUGCAACGAGGCACCAGGACGGCCCGUGGCGAGCGCCGGGGGAGGGAAGUGGGGCUCACACCAGCCGGGCAAAAGACGAUGCGGUGCCACUGCAAACAGAGCCCAGCACGAUGAGCCCCUCCGCCCCUCAGUGGAAAGGGGCCACCGGACCAGCCUUCAGAGUCUCGAUGCCCCCCCUCCGCUUCCCUGGGGCUCGGAUCUUACAAACACACUGUGCCCUGGUGGGGCGUUGCAGCGGGCAUCCCUUCCCAGCCAAAGGGAAUACUUGAAGCCGCCGGAGCGGCCGGUGCUGGCCUGAUCUCAGGCCCCCUACAUUGACGCUGUCUGUUCCGUCCGCCUGUGGGGGGGUCACGAGGGUGCUCGUUUGGACAGCGCCCGAGCUGCCGGACCCCUUCCGAAAUGCCACGGCUCAGCCAAAGGAAGAAGGAAAUAAAAGCACAAUCACCUCCCAAAUCCAGCUUUCUCCUCCGCGGACCGGGAUGGAGGCUCUUGGGCUCCCCUUCCUGUCUUCCCUCCAGCCUGGUUCCUGCGGGGGAGGGGGGGUGACGUGGGACAGAGACUGAAGCUGGGGAGGCCAGACGCUCCCCCCAAAACGCCAAAGAUUUGCCACGUUGAAGGAAGCCAAGCCAUCGCCCGGUGUCGGCCCGGACUUGCCGACAGUCUUCGCACUGAUCUCCGGAAACCGCUAGAGAAUUUAUUUUUCAGAUGCCACUUUAAUUAUUAAAAAAAAAAAAAAAAAAAGAGAAAGAAAUGAGGAAGCUGCUGCCGCCUCCUAGUGGCGGAGACGAGGGUUGCUGUUUUUAAUUUAAGAUGUCCAUGUGCAAUAAAAGCUUCCACAUUU